UUUUUCAGUGAACCGAUGAAGAAAAUGUUUCUCAGAUUACUUUUGCUCUGUUUGUGUUUGUGGCGUCUGGGUGGUGUGUCUGGUGAUUAUAAUGAAGUGAAGUCAGUGUCAGUGAUGGAGGGAGAUUCAGUCACUCUACACUCUGAUCUUACUGAAAUGAAGGAUGGUAAUGUGAUUCAGUGGAGGUUUGAAAACACUUUAAUAGCUGAAAUCAAUGUAACGGCCGACAACUUCACUGUAGAUGAUGAUGAUCUUGAUGGGAGAUUCAGAGACAGACUGAAGCUGGACAAUCAAACUGGAUCUCUGACCAUCACAAACAUCACAAUGAAACAAGCUGGAGAUUAUGAACUAAAGAUCAACCGUAUGAUCAAGAAUUUCACUCUAAGUGUCUUUGCUCGUCUGCCUGUUCCUGUCAUCAGCAGUAACUCUUCACAAUGUUCUUCAUCAUCAUCAUCAUCAUGUUCAUUGGUGUGUUCAGCUGUGAAUGUGAGUCAUGUGACUCUCUCCUGGUACAAAGGAAACAGUUUAUUGUCCAGCAUCAGUGUGUCUGAUCUCAGCAUCAGUCUCUCUCUACCUCUGGAGGUGGAAUAUCAGGAUAAAAACACCUACAGCUGUGUGCUGAACAAUACCAUCAGCAACCAGACUCAACAUCUGGACAUCACUCAACUCUGUCACACAUGUUCAGAUGUAGUGAAGUCAGUGUCAGUGAAGGAGGGAGAUUCAGUCACUCUAAACACUAAUCUUACUGAAAUACAGACAGAUGAUCUGAUCCUGUGGAGGUUUGGACUGAACAAAUCACUCAUAGCUAAACUCAAUAGAAAGUCCAGUAAAAUCUCUAUAUAUGAUGAUGUUCUUGAUGGGAGAUUCAGAGACAGACUGAACCUGGAUCAUCAGACUGGAUCUCUGACCAUCACAAACACCAGAACCACAGACUCUGGAUUUUAUGAAGUGACCAUCGAAGGAAAGAAAGAGAUCACAUACAGAUUCAAUGUUUCUGUCUUUGGAAUCUGAGAUGACGGCUGUGACGUACACGUGUUUCAGAUCAGAACAAUGAUCAAACUCUGUGAUUCUGUUUCUCACUAAUGAUGUUCUGAUCACAACAACUGCAUCUGCCUUUACAAUCUAUUACUGUUUCAAAUAUAAUCUCAAAGUUUUGUCAUUUAUAUUUCCUCUAAGUGAUCUUUAAUGAGUUUAUUGUGAUCCUGUAUGAUAAAUACUGUAGAUGCUUUAAUUAUUUAGUAUAACAUGCUUUUAUUUUCUCUCUAUGUAUCUGCCUGCCCUAAUCAAUAAAGUUUUCUCCAUGUUUUAUUGCAUUUAUUAUGUCGAGCGCCCCCUGUAGGAUUUGGCCUACUUUAUGACUAUUUUAAUGUUCAGCAGAACACAACAUAUAGAGCUUUACAUGAUUAAAACAUCAUUUGUAAAUGUACAUUAUUGUUCAGCUCAUUACUCUGUUUCUUCUAAAACAUUUUUAAUGGGUAACACUUUACAAUAAGAUUCAUUAGUUAAACAUUAGUUUUAGCGUGACAUUAAACAUAAAAGAAAAAUG